ACCGCAGGUAGCGCCUUGGAGAGGGAUGGGCCCUUGCACCUGUCCACAAAGGCCCUCCACAUGCCGCACCUCCACCUUCCGUGGCCCAGCCCUGGCACGGGCAGCUCCGGAGACCGGCCUGCCCCUCGGGACGCCUGCAGCAUCGAGUGAAAUGGAGGCUGUCUGCUCCAGCAGGAAGCCGGGUAGGCUAACGACGCUUCCCUCACUGGGUCUGAGCGUGGCACCCCGUGAAGGGAGAGAAUACAGACGUGUGGUUCCCGCCCACCGCCAAAAACAAGAAAUAAAGCUGGGCUCGGCCAACCAGGGUGCCACUGCUCAGCCACCGGCUCAGAGCAGUGUGCCACGUGGCCUGGGCUGGACUCACACAGGUUCACACCCCCUCCCCCGCACUGUGGACGGGGAGAACAGUGAUGGCCGUGACUGUGACUGUGACUGUGACAACAGCAGCAGCGAACUGAACAGCAGCCAGGCAGGCACUGUCCUAAGCCAUUCACAAGACCCAGUCAAACCCCAUACAUGCCACAGGGUGAGCAUUUUUGUUACUAUUCCAAUUUCGAAGAAGAGGAAACUAAGGCCCGGAAGGGUUGCACGGAAGAGCUUGGACUCACGCCCAGGCCAGAGCGCGUCUGCCCCACAGGCCCUGCGCAGAGCGUCCGACCUCAGACAGGACAGUCCGGCCGCACGCCGCUUUGGGCCGGACUCCCGCCCUUAGAGCAGGGACAGGGCUGGGCCGGCAGUGGUUUCUGCCACCGCACAGGCCCUGCCCUGGGCCCUGCUACCUCACUCCAUCCUGGACUCAGAGUCACCUCAUCCUGUGACUCGAAGGCCAGGGUCCGAACACAGGUCCACCAGCCCCCCACACCCCACUGUCCCCACCAGCCCCUCAAAAAUUUAUGGAGCCACAGACUUCAAUUCCUAACCGACAGGAUUUGGAAUUUGACAUGCUAGGUCUCAAACUCGGCCUGGGCUGAGCCUCCACUUCUGCCCCACGGGAUGGGGAGGAGCAGCGCCCACUGGGUCAGCCUGGGGUGACCGCCAUGGCCCAGUGGGCCUCGGAGGACGCU